AUGUCACGCAUUUCUGCUGACGGAAGCAUAUGGCCCGGGACUAACCAUUUUCACUCCAUGAACAACAAACUCAAUAUCUCCAAAUCUCCCGCUCCCCCGCCCGGUCGAAGCGCCCCAGCAUCCACCCCGAGUUCAGGUGGCCCACCCUUCAAUCCUCUGGAAUUAAAUGCUCCUGACAUUGGUCCUAAUGGUCUCAUCCACAGCAGCGGGGCCCCCAAUUUCAAUGGUACCAAUGGUGUCUACGGGAACAAUGGCCUUGCUCUGCAUCGACCGUCGGCCAAGUCCCAAAACCCAUCACCCCCCAGCUCGGUCGCCUCGAAAUCAAGGGUCAGCGAUGGAACCCUUUCCGACCAGCGGAGCAGGAGAUAUGGGAUGAUGGAGGACCUGCUACGGAAGCACUACGCUAUACUAAAACGGUUCAUGCAAGGACAGGGGCGAGAGGACCUUAACGCUUCACGGGCAAGUAAAGCCCGUGACAAACUCCUCCGCCUAUCCCCAGGCCAGGUCAUGGAAUUGAGUACAGAUGUCUACGACGAGUUGCUCCGCCGACAGGCUCAAUCGCCCAAUCGACCCGGUGGCAACAGGCCAGAUGUACCCCCAUACUUACUUCCGCGUCAAGAAUUCCACGAAAAGCGCAACCAGGCGCGCCAGAAGUUAUCCACCCUGCUACAGCCACGUUUCAUAGACCUGGCUGCAGACGUGCUGUGCGAGUUGGAACGACGCCUCCCGCACUUCGCCAAUAUGGAUCUCGCAAGUCGCAGAAUGAGUCCUGCACUGAGUGUGCGCAGUGUUGUUGGCGGCGGAUACGCUUCCAGCAGCAACGGCUAUGAUCCACGACCAGGUUCUAACGAUUCCUUCACCUACGGGACAAAUAGCUACCCUGCCCCUCUCCGCACACAAUCUCGAGGCUCUGGUCCCGGCGGUCUGGGCCUCAGGGGGGGAUUACCGCCUAACCCGCACCCGCCAAGCGCCCGAUUCCCUCCCCGCCAGGGCUCAUUGAACGCCUCCACAGCUGGUUUAGAUAUCAAUGGUGAAAUGAUACCUGAAAAUGGGCCGUUGCCAAAAUCGUUUCAGAGUAAUACCAUUGUGCCGAAUAAGAGUACUAUGGUUGAGGAGGAUGUUGAGGGUAGCGAUGAAGGUGGAGAGGAUGAGGGUGAGAUCGAUUAUGUGCAUGAUGUUAAUGAUGGUGUUGAUGGCAUGCAAUAUGAGGAUGAUGAUCCGGAUAGGAGGAGCGAUGCAUUUGCAUUGGAUAAGGUGUUGGAGAGUCGGAAGGAGACGACGAUGACGCUGGUUGGGAAUGGGAAUGGAGUUGGAGUUGGAGUUGAUUCGGAGAGGGAAAAGGAGAUGUUGGCUGAGGCGCGGGGGCAGGUAUCUAAGUUGGAGAAGAGGGUGGAUGAGUUGGAGGCUCAGUUGAAAGAGAAAGAUGGCGAGGCUGAUAGGCUGCGGGAUGAGGUUAGGGGUAAUUCUGAUUCUUUGGAUUCUGAAAGACAGCAGUGGGAAAACAUGAGAAAAGAUUGGGAUCGGAAAAGAGAAGAGUGGGAUAAGAUGAAGUCGCAUUUGGAAGCGAAGCUUUCAGAGUUGCAAAAUCUGCAGCAUCUAAAUGUUUCGCUGCAGGAUCAGUUGGAAGGUGAACGAAGGGAAUAUGAAAAUCGAGAACAAGAUUUACGGCAGCAAAUUCAGCAGGCUUUGACAGCGGCAGCUGCGGCCCGGAACACAGAUUCAGAGAUGGGCAGAGAGAUAGACAGAGGUAGAGCUAGAGAGACCGACAUAGAUAGCGGUGUAUGGAAAUCGCGAGCUGAAGAUUCCGAACGGGAAAACCAGGAACUUAGGGGGGAGCUUCAAAGGCAACGUGAAGUCACAGAGCAAGUCCGAAAAGAGGCCUCCAACUUCCUACAGGAGAUGCGGGCGCUGUCUGAUCGGACGCAGGAACGUUGGGAACGCGAAGAACGCCUCACACAGGACUUUCACAGGAUGGAAGAAGAGGUUAAGCUCUGGAAGAACCGCUACGCAAAGACGAAAACACGACUACAACAUCUACGAUCCCCCUCACUUGGGCUUCCAGGACAUUACAUCCAAGAUGUCGCAACCAUUACCGCAAGGAAAACGACGUCAGCCAUCCAGAUGGACUAG